AUGGCCGACGGAAGCGCAGAAUCCAUCCAGCAGAAGAUCUCAAUCGCUCGCCGAGAUGCAGAAGCCCUCAAGGACCGCAUAAAGAAGAAGAAGGAUGAGCUCGCCGACACAACGCUUCGCGAUGUCGCUCGCCAACGCACAGAGGCUCUUCCCCGCCUCCAGAUGAAGACCAAGCGUACCCUCAAGGGCCAUCUCGCAAAGAUCUACGCCAUGCACUGGUCUACUGACCGAAGGCAUCUCGUCUCGGCUUCUCAAGACGGUAAGCUCAUCAUCUGGGACGCCUACAGCACAAACAAGGUCCACGCCAUCCCUCUCAGAUCCUCGUGGGUCAUGACUUGUGCCUAUGCUCCCAGCGGCAACUACGUCGCUUGUGGUGGUCUGGACAACAUCUGUUCCAUUUACAACCUCUCCGCCCGCGACGGCCCCACUCGUGUUGCCAGAGAACUGUCUGGUCAUUCUGGAUACCUCUCGUGCUGUCGCUUCAUCAACGACCGCCGCAUCCUGACGUCUUCCGGUGACAUGACCUGUGUGCUCUGGGAUAUUGAGACUGGCCAGAAGCUGCAAGAAUUCGCCGACCAUCUCGGCGAUGUCAUGAGCUUGAGCGUCAACCCUCUCGAUAACAAUCAAUUUGUUUCCGGUGCCUGCGACGCCUUCGCAAAGCUCUGGGACAUUAGACAGCAGAAGUGUGUUCAGACCUUCGCCGCCCACGAUUCGGACAUCAACGCCAUUCAGUUCUUCCCCAACGGAAACGCUUUCGGUACAGGUUCCGACGAUGCUUCUUGCCGUCUUUUCGAUAUCCGCGCCGACAGAGAAUUGCAGAGCUAUACCAUUGGCGAGCCCGUCUGCGGUAUCACAUCCGUGGCCUUCUCGGUCUCCGGAAGACUUUUGUUUGCUGGUUACGAUGACUUUGAGUGCAAGGUCUGGGAUACUCUCCGUGGUGAGAGAGUCGGUACUCUGCAAGGUCACGACAACCGUGUCAGCUGCUUGGGUGUCAGCAACGAUGCUCUUUCGCUUUGCACAGGUUCUUGGGACUCGAUGCUUCGCAUCUGGGCAUAA